AUGGGUUCCUUGGCAGAGGGCGAGCUCAAACAACCGCAAGGCCAAUUGCUGGUGCAUGCUAUCGACGAGAAAGCGCAAUGGAUCCCGGAUCAUAUGUACAUGCGGUACGCCCUCAAAGACUGGGAGCAGGCUGGCUAUCAAGUGAUUACUUGGAGGCAUUACUGGUUCCAGACGGCCGUAUAA